AUGGGUCUGUGCUACAGCCUGCGGCCGAUUCUCUUCGGGGACCCCGAGGACGCCCCCUGCGCGGACCCCGAGUCCCGGCUAGAGGACGCGCGGCCCGACCCGGCCCCGGCCGGGGCGGCGGGGAGUGAUGCGGCCGGGACCCCACUCCCGCGAGGCGGCGGCCAGAGCGCGGCGAGCGCGCGGCCCAGCGCGGACAAGCCGAAGGGGAAGCGGCGGCGCCCGGAGCAGCUGCGCGCCGAGGAGCGCGAGGCCGCCCGGGAGGCGCGGAAAGUGAGCCGCGGCAUCGACCGCAUGCUGCGCGAGCAGAAGCGGGACCUGCAGCAGACGCACCGGCUCCUGCUGCUGGGGGCUGGAGAGUCUGGGAAAAGCACUAUCGUCAAACAGAUGAGGAUCCUGCACGUGAACGGAUUUAAUCCCGAGGAGAAGAAACAGAAAAUUCUGGACAUCAGGAAAAAUGUCAAAGAUGCUAUUGUGACGAUCGUCUCAGCAAUGAGUACUAUAAUACCUCCAGUCCCACUGGCCAACCCCGAAAACCAGUUUCGAUCAGAUUAUAUCAAGAGCAUAGCGCCUAUCACUGACUUUGAAUAUUCUCAGGAGUUCUUCGACCACGUGAAGAAGCUCUGGGACGACGAGGGCGUCAAGGCUUGCUUCGAGAGGUCCAACGAGUACCAGCUCAUCGACUGCGCACAGUACUUCUUGGAGAGAAUCGACAGUGUCAGCCUGGUGGACUACACUCCCACUGACCAGGACCUCCUCAGGUGCAGGGUGCUGACAUCGGGAAUUUUCGAGACACGAUUCCAAGUGGACAAAGUGAAUUUUCACAUGUUCGACGUUGGUGGCCAGAGGGACGAGAGAAGGAAAUGGAUCCAGUGUUUCAACGACGUCACGGCCAUCAUCUACGUGGCGGCCUGCAGCAGUUACAACAUGGUGAUCCGGGAGGACAACAACACCAACCGGCUCCGAGAGUCCCUGGACCUGUUUGAAAGCAUCUGGAACAACAGGUGGCUGCGGACCAUCUCCAUCAUCCUGUUCCUGAACAAACAGGACAUGCUGGCCGAAAAAGUCCUAGCGGGGAAAUCGAAGAUCGAAGACUAUUUCCCAGAGUACGCCAACUACACCGUCCCCGAAGACGCGACACCAGAUGCAGGAGAAGACCCUAAAGUCACAAGAGCCAAGUUCUUUAUCCGGGACUUGUUUUUGAGGAUCAGCACAGCCACUGGGGAUGGCAAGCACUACUGCUACCCGCACUUCACCUGCGCCGUGGACACAGAGAACAUCCGCAGGGUCUUCAACGACUGCCGUGACAUCAUCCAGAGGAUGCACCUCAAGCAGUACGAACUCUUGUGAGG